ACCAGCCAUUAAUCUGGCUGUCAGGCAGAUUAAUAACAGAAGUGACAUUCUACCAAACCAUACACUUCUAAUACACUGGAGGGAUACUAAGUGUUCAGAUUCUUACGCUAUCAAAGCGCUGAUCGAGCAGUUGCGAAGACCACCGACAAAAAUGGCCCUAAUAGGUCCCGGAUGUUCAAUCUCAGCGGUGCUUGUGGCAGCUGCGUCUCACUUUUGGAACUUGAUUCAGAUUGGUUUCAGUGCUGGGUCACCGCGUCUUUCGGAGAAAACCCGGUAUCCACUUUUCUUCCGAAUCAAUGCCCCGGAAACGAUUCUUAACAAGGCUGUUGUCUCACUGCUGCGCAGAUUUGGUUGGAAGCGGAUUGCUAUUGUCAAACAAGAUGAGGAUCUCUUCAAUGACGCUCAUGAGGAUCUUCAGACAAUACUGAAAACACAAGGCAUCUCUGUGAUUUCUACAAACAGCUUUGUCGAGGACCCAGAUAAUGUCAUAUCAGAUCUAAAGGAAAGGAAAGCUCGUAUAAUCAUUAGUAUGAUGUACGCAGAUAAAUCCAGGCUCAUCAUGUGUGCGGCCUACCGUCACAAACUGUAUGGUCCUCACGUGCAAUGGCUCUUACCCGGUUGGUACACGAAGGACUGGUGGCGAGUCGCAGAUGUGCCAGGCUGCUCAGCUGAGGACAUUCGAACCGCGGCAGCAAAUUUCCUGGCUGUGGAGGACUUGGUUAUGGACGCUGCAACAAAUCACACACUAAGUGGACUGACCGCAGAGGAGUUUAUGGACAUGUACACUGCAGAGCUUAAACACUAUCCAUACUCCGCCAAUGGGUAUGCUCCGCUAGGAUAUGACGCAGCCUGGGUACUAGCCUUGGCACUGAAUAAGACGAUGACGCACCUGAACAAAAACAACAAGUCUGUUGAUAACUUCUCGUAUGAAGAUGCCGAGUUUGCGCAACUUCUGUCGAGAACGCUUCUUAAUAUCUCGACUUAUGGGAUAACUGGAGUUAUAAACUUCAACAGAAACCAAGAAAGACUCAAUAAAAUAUGGAUCGAACAGUUUCAAGGUGACAAAGAAGUGAGAGUUGGUCACUUUGACCCGGAAAAACACGACCUGAGUAAUGGAGAGCUCACCAUGAUACCUGGACAGAAGUUUAUAUGGCCAGAUGGUAACCCACCAAGAGAUAAGGAUCUUGUGAAUGAGCCGCUAGUAAAGACUAGUCGCAGUUUGUUUUAUGUGUUGAGUUGUGUGGCUAUGCUGGGCUUAAUGUCAUCUCUUGGAUUUCUUUACGUCAAUUGCCACCACAGACAUUACAGUAUCAUCAGACAAUCAUCUCCAAGGCUCAAUAACAUGAUCGUGAUCGGCUGCAUGCUGGCAUAUUGCUGUGUGUUUUUGUUUGGGGCAGAGACGUUUGUCGAGUCACUCGACACACAAACUGUGAUCUGUAAGACAAGAUGGUGGAUUUUUUCUCUUACAUUUAGCCUGGCAUUUGGCACAAUGUUCGUCAAAACAUGGAGGGUUUACAAAAUUUUCACCAACAAGCAUCUUGACAAAGAGUUGAACUUCCUGCGUGAUCGUCACUUAUUCGGUAUUGUUUGUGGACUGGUAUGUUUAGACGUUGUGUAUCUAACAGCAUGGGAGCUAUCAGAUCCUGUUGCCGGAAGUCUGAAACAUUUAAGUAAGGAAAUAUCCCCAGAUGGUAACGUGAUCACACAGAGACAAGUCCUAAUAUGCACUUCUGGUAAUGAGAAUUUAUGGUUGAGUCUCUGGGUGAUAUGGAAAACUUUGUUACUGGCUUUGGGGCUUUUUCUGGCUUGGGAGACAAGACACGUCAGUUUCCCAUCACUGAAUGACUCCAAAUACAUCGGUAUGAGCGUGUAUAAUGUCGUGAUCAUGAGUCUGAUAAACGUUCCUCUGUACUAUGUUGUCGGAGAGGCUCAUAUCCAAGCCAGAUACGCGCUGAUUGCUACAACACUGAACUUCAUCUCCACAUUUACUCUCCUCGUGCUGUUUGUUCCAAAGAUCGCUAAAAUAAUGAGACGAGCAACAUGUCCAGAGGAGAAACCUGAUGUCGUUAGCGGAAUAUCCACGUGCAAUUAUUGGGAAAACCAAGGAUGUCCCUACUGCAAUAGGUACUCAUUACCCAUGGAACUGGUGUCAGUGAACCACUUCGCAAUGCGCUAUAAAGUUUUGUUUGCUUUUGUGCUUUUCUUUGGACCAACUAGUUUUGUGUUUGCUCGUCGAAGACACUCAAAUAGAUAUCUUUCAAACGCAAUCGACGCAGAAAACCUGAAGAUCCCAGCCCCAAACGUUACAGCGGAGAAAAUCAUGAGAUAUUUCCUUCGCCGCGAUGACAGCCUGAUCACCAGACGAUCCAAACGACAAAUUGGUGAAGAAACUGUGCCAAAUAAUACCAUCAAUAAUGUCGUAUACGUCAUCGAUUCCUCCAACUCGAUCCGAGAAGAAAACUUCCAGAAAGGGCUUAGAGCAUUGGUUUACCUGACUGAAAAGGCGAGACCUGAUACACUUUACGCUGUGGUGAAUUUUGCUACGGACGCCACUGUGCUUACGCCAAAAUUCAUCUCUGAGAACGAAACAAUAGCUCUACUGCCGACUGUGAAGCGAAAGGCUGGCCUUACUAAUACCCAGGAGGCUUUGCAGGUGUGCAAAGACAAGCUCUUUGGAAGUGCAUUGUCUGGCUUUGACCCAGCAGGUCCCAAAAAUGUUCUCCUAGUCACAGAUGGCUUAUCUAACAUGGGGAAAGAACUUACAUUAUUCAAGGCCUUCAAUUUAAAAGAUGAUGGAGUUGAGAUAUUUGUGGUGGCUGUUGGGGGUUUUUCUUUCGGUAUGCAAGAAAUUCUUGGCCUUGCUUCGUCUACUGACAGGCAUUUGUAUCGUGUACUGGAUAUGGAAAGUUUCGUUCAAGUCGCAAACCUUAUUCCUUCCUUGCAAUAAAUAUGUAUUUGAGAUUUUCCUUUCACUUGAUCGAUGGCCAUUUUUGUACUAACUGAGAAAUAAAACACAUUCGAGAGUUGUAAUUCAAGAGGGAUUCAUUUGGUACAUUUGCUAAAUUUCUUCCUGAGGCAUCUCUGCGGGCUGCUGUUUCUUUCAGAUAAAUUGAAAGGUUAUUUUUGUUCUCCAUUGAACGACAUUUUCAUCGGAAUCUUUUGAAAGUAAAUGCAAACAUCAGUUACUUAGUGUCCCAUUUCGUAUCACCCCAUAAAAAUGACUCUUGCAUGCGUGGAAUGCCUGUGUUUUUCAAGAACGUUCAGGCUGAGAUCAACCAAAAUUUUAGAAACAUACUAAGAACGUAUAUAUUGUAACAAAGGAAGGGAAAUUAAAAAAAAAAAAAAAGAGUUUAUGUCAUUAUUCCAAAUACCUCAUUACAAUUCCAAGUUGUAAUGAAAGCUUAUAGAAGGUACCGUUAGCAGAAUCCUGUACCCAUAAAUUAUAUAUGAAACAGAGUUAACCUGAAUAAACAUUUUAAACAAAAGUUAUGGCAAGAACGAGAUUUUAUGUUAUGCAGAUGCAGUAACAAGUUUUAUGACUAAUU